ACUUCCCCCCUGCUUCCCCUCCGCUCCCAAAUUUGUUGCGGCGGGAGAGAGAGACACCGCGCGUAGAAACCGGCGGCGGCGGGCGGUAGCGGCGAUGAGGAUCGAGGAGGUGCAGUCGACGUCGAAGAAGCAGCGCAUCGCCACCCACACCCACAUCAAGGGCCUCGGCCUCGACGCCAAUGGGGCGGCGAUUGCCAUGGCGUCGGGGUUCGUGGGGCAGGUGGAGGCGCGGGAGGCGUGCGGCCUGAUAGUCGACAUGAUACGCCAGAAGAAGAUGGCCGGCCGCGCGCUGCUCCUUGCGGGCCCGCCCGCCACGGGAAAGACGGCGCUCGCGCUCGGCGUCUCCCAGGAGCUCGGCAGCAAGGUCCCUUUCUGUCCUAUGGUAGGAUCGGAAGUGUACUCCUCAGAGGUCAAGAAAACUGAGGUGCUGAUGGAAAAUUUUCGCAGAGCUAUAGGCUUGCGUAUAAAGGAAAACAAAGAGGUUUAUGAAGGAGAGGUUACUGAACUUUCCCCAGAAGAGGCUGAGAGUACAACAGGUGGAUACGCAAAAAGCAUUAGCCAUGUAAUCAUAGGUCUAAAGACUGUUAAAGGGACUAAGCAACUGAAGUUAGAUCCUUCAAUUUAUGAUGCUUUAAUCAAAGAAAAGGUGGCAGUGGGUGAUGUUAUAUACAUUGAAGCAAAUAGUGGUGCAGUGAAAAGAGUUGGUAGAUGCGAUUCUUUUGCUACAGAAUAUGAUCUUGAAGCUGAGGAGUAUGUUCCAAUCCCGAAAGGUGAAGUCCAUAAGAAAAAGGAAAUAGUACAGGAUGUCACACUUCAUGACCUGGAUGCUGCAAAUGCUCAGCCACAAGGAGGCCAAGAUAUUUUAUCACUUAUGGGCCAAAUGAUGAAGCAGCGAAAGACUGAAAUCACCGACAAGCUACGCCAAGAAAUUAAUAAGGUGGUAAACAGAUAUAUCGACGAAGGAAUUGCAGAGCUUGUGCCUGGUGUUUUGUUCAUUGAUGAGGUCCACAUGUUGGACAUUGAAUGCUUUUCUUAUCUGAAUCGUGCACUGGAGAGCCCAUUAUCACCGAUUGUGAUACUUGCUACAAAUAGGGGAAUAUGUAAUGUAAGAGGUACUGAUAUGACAAGUCCACAUGGUAUACCAGUUGACCUUCUAGAUAGGCUGGUGAUUAUUCGAACAGAAACAUAUGGCCCUACUGAGAUGAUCCAGAUACUAGCUAUCCGAGCACAAGUGGAAGAGAUUGAUAUUGAUGAAGAGAGUCUUGCUUAUUUAGGAGAGAUCGGACAACAGACUUCUUUGAGACAUGCUAUUCAGCUGCUAUCACCUGCCAGUGUGGUUGCAAAGACUAAUGGAAGAGAGAAGAUCUGCAAGGCUGAUCUUGAGGAAGUUAGCGGACUCUAUUUGGACGCCAAAUCGUCUGCUCGUCUUCUCCAGGAGCAACAAGAAAGAUACAUCACUUAGAUUUCCCAUGUUGUAGAAGUCCCCGAGAAAAACGUAGUUGUCGACUCUAGUCAUGUACACUGCAUCGGUCUGGUUCACAGGUGCAGAGUCUUCGAGAGCACAUUUGAGGGGUGAUUUUUGUACUGGCUGCUUUGGACUUUGUAGUCUCCAGCGAAGACUCGAUUCCGGCAUAUUGUUUGUUCACAUACUGUUGGCAGAUUAGAUUGGUGCAAGAAUUAUCGUGUAUUUUUACCCUUGCUAAUCAAUGCCCGAUUCCGUGUGCUCACGAGUACAGUUUACCA